AUGUCUCCCUCCAACCACCAUUAUCGGCGCAACCGCCGCCGUCCGCCGCCCACCCUCGCACGUCCCAGCAAGUAUCGCACAAUAUGCGAUCUGCCUGUGGAACUUUUGUGCAUGAUUGUAUCUCAUGUCAAGUCCUCCCGCUGGACGCUGCGGGCAUGCACGCUCGCGUGCCACUGUCUCCGCGCCGUGUCGCUCGAGCAUUACUUCAAUACAAGGUUGAAAGUCCGGGAUAUUCGCUCAUUUGACCACCUCAUAUCCUUCUUAAGGGCGGCUCCAAAUAUCCGCGAGAAGAUUCGUCGCCUCGAGUUGAGCGGGCAGACUGAAAUCGGGAAAGUUCCACACAUUGCCCUUACCUCCAUCGACGAUACCGUGGUAGCCACACUCAUGCAGCUGCUUCCAAAUCUCACAUCGUUGGAUAUCAACAGCAUGAUGUACGACACCCCCGCUUCACGAUCGCCCCCACAUGUACAGCAGGACAAACCCGGGCCAUUCCGUCUUCAAUCGUUCUCGUUCGAUUUCUACUACACCCUCUCCCACAACUCUUCCAUCUCUGGCCUGUUCCGCAUCCUGUCUCUGUUUUCCAUCGACGCUCUGAGCUAUUCCGUGCGCGAUUUCGACACCACCUCGCCAUUCGAUCUCGCAUUCCUCCACCGUCCGCUGGAGAUCAAGAAGCUUCGGAUAUCGCACUGCAGUCCAGACGAAAACAGCGGCACGAGCUUGCUUCUAGACGCGUUCACGGAAAGCCUCGAACCGGAAUCCCUGGAAUCUCUUCGGAUUGAAUACGGGACUGGUCCCGAGGUGCUCGCCCUUGGCAAACUCCUUGCACGCGCAGGGAAGGCUUUGACGAGUCUGAGUAUCAGCGGGAUCCAUCCGUUCAUGCUAUCCGAACGAAAGCCCUGGCACUGGGUAGACCCACUGAACAGUAUGUCGAUGUUUUGA